ACAAAGAAGAAGAAGAAGAAGCAGAAUGCGACGUCAUCGAACUGCUGCCAGUAGAAUUGUGGUCAAAAUGUAAACAUCAGAAGGAAAAUCACAGACUAUAUGAUCAGAGUUAUUAAAAGCAGCCAGGUUCUUUAAAGUCCUGCCAUUGACUGCAUUGUCGUUGUUGCUACAUGAGCAGGACAAGAUGAAUCCACUCAGUUCAGAGAAGGAAACGUUGAUUGAUGAAAUUGAACAGAGUUUAUUCAUUUUAACUGUGGACAAUUUACGUUACCUGUGUGAACGUCAUGGCAAAGAUGGAUCUGAAAUUAAAGGGAUGAAUCAUCGCUUAUUAAGGCGUAGAAUCAUGGAGGAAAUGUGGGACAAUACGGAUUCAAUUAAAUCAGAGGAGCAGGGAAUGUCUUGGUUAGUCCAACUGAAAGAGGACAUCGGAAGGAUGCUGGAGGAUGCUAGUGGGGCACAUUUCAGUCCCAGCAAGUCCGAUGAUGAUGAUGCUAUCGACUAUGACGAAGAAUGCGACAAGGAGGACAGCGAUUGGUUGCCUAGCAAUGGACUGAAGGCGGAACACUUGAGUUCCAGCCAAUCCGAUGAUGACGCUGCAGACUGCGACAAAGACUGGGACGUGGAGGACAAGGAUUGGUUGGCUAGCGAUGGGCUGGAGGCAGAGUCAGAUCCAGAGAGGCACACUCCAGAGCAGAGAGUAAGAGAGGAUUUCCAGGACAAGCCUCCACCACCCCCCUCCCCUCGCCCAGAGUCUCCAGGUCAUGCCUUUCCCAGUAGUAUCUUACUGCAGAGUCAGAAGAGGGUGUCCGUGCGGCUGGUCGACUGCAGGAAGACACCAGGGCAGAGUAGCCAUAUAAUACACAAGACAACACAGACAGGAGAGAAACCCCAAAGCUGGUCUAAUCCUGAACAACACAAAACCCUCUCAGGAGACAGGCCUGGCUCCCAUAUCUGUGAUCACUGUGGGAAGAAUUUUACCACAGCAAGAAGUCUACAACUACACCUACAAAACCUGAAGAGAUUCAGUGAUACCGUCACUGCAGAGAAACCACACGUGUGCUCUGAAUGCGGAAAGGGAUUCUCUCAGGCCUACAGUCUUAAGAUACAUUGGAGAACUCACACUGGGGAGAAACCGUACGUUUGUUAUCAGUGUGGGAAGGGUUUCACUGAAUCUGGAACCUUAAAGAGACACAUCAGAACUCACACGGGAGAGAAACCUUUCCACUGCCCUCGUUGUGGGAAGGACUUUAUUGAAUCUGGAGGCUUGAAGAAACACACCAAAAGAGCUCACCCAGGAGAGGAGGUCGUUGUCCCUCAGAAGAGCGUCCAUCCAGGAGAGAAACCUUACCAUUUCUCCUCUGACGACUGUGGGAUGAGCUUUGCUACCUCACGCGAACAGAGACUACAACAGAGAAAACACACAAGAGAGAAGCUUCGCAGCACACCUAAUGCUAAACAACGUAAGGAACCCCUCUCAGGAGAUGGCUCCCAUAUCUGUGAUCACUGUGGGAAGAAUUUUACCACAGCAAGAAGUCUAAAACUACACCUACAGUACCUGAAGAGAUACAGAGAUAACUUGACUGGAGAGAAACCACACGUGUGCUCUACAUGCGGAAAGGGAUUCAGUGAGGCUGGCAGUCUUAAGAGACACCUGAGAACUCACACUGGGGAGAAACCGUACGUCUGCCAUCAUUGUGGGAAGGACUACAAUGAUUCUGGAAACUUACAGAAACACAUCAGAACCCACACAGGUGAGAAACCUUACCACUGCUCGGAGUGUGGGAAGAAUUUCCGUGUAAAAAUAAGCCUGAAACAUCACCAGGAAAUUGUUCACACAGAACACCCUCACCGCUGUGGUCAAUGUAAGAAGAGCUUCAUAACUGCAGAAAGACUGGAAUCACACAUUAAGACACGACACCCGCCUAGUGAUCCUCUGAAGAACCCACAUGUGUGCUCUGAAUGUGGAAGGGGAUUCAGAUAUGCCGACAAUCUUAAAAUACACCUGAGAAUCCAUACCGGGGAGAAACCGUACGUCUGCCCUCGUUGCGGUAAGGAUUUUACCCAAUCAGGACUCUUACAGAGACACAUGAGAACUCACACGGGAGAGAAACCCUAUCACUGCUCAGUGUGCGGGAUGAAGUUUCGUCAUACAAUCUCGCUAAAGCAGCACCACCUGAAGAACCACAAGGGGGAGACACUGGGUCCAGUCCGUAUGCACCAAGGCCCUCUUCCAUGCCCCCACUGUGGGGAGAAGUUCUCUACCAAGGCUCUUCUGAAGGAUCACCUGCAGAAGACCCACAACAGCCGUGUCCACUGCCCACAGUGCGACAAGACCUUCUCCACUAAACGUAAUUUACUAGUCCACCAGAGGAAGCACACUGGAGAGAGGCCUUACCUUUGCCCUCAGUGUGGGAAGAGUUUCUCUCUGACAGGAAGUUUAAAACUUCAUCUCCGGAUUCAUGCGGGUGAGAAACCUUACUGCUGUACUUACUGUGACAAGAGCUUCACAAGUAAGAGCCACUGCACUCUUCACCUGCGAAUCCACACUGGAGAGAAACCGUACCAAUGCCCUGACUGCGGGAGGAGGUUUCGUGAUGGGAAUGUCCUGAAAAACCACAGGCGGACCCACACAGGAGAGAAACCGUUCCAGUGCCGCUUGUGUGAUAAAGCCUUCGCUCAGUUGAGCAGUCUGAAGAAACAUCAGGAGACACACAGGCAAACUCCGCCUGUCUCUGUCCCAAGACUCCCUAAUCCCUACCUACCACCCAAUCAGCAUGUCCCUUAUCCCGACCCACCACCCAAUCAGCAUGUCCCUUAUCCCUACUCACAUCACACUCCAUUGUAGCCUGGUUUACACCAGAUGUGUUUACUACUUCAAGGAAACAAGAUGUGAAGCAUGUGUUUUUUUUAAAGGGGGGUAUAUUUCAAAUCAAAUGUAUUUAUACAGCCCUUCGUACAUCAGCUGAUAUCUCAAAGUGCUGUACAGAAACUCAGCCUAAAACCCCAAACAGCAAGCAACGCAGGUGUAGAAGCAUGUUGUAAUUGUUUUUAAUGGAGACAGGUUAGAAGUAGAAACGGAGACAGAUGACAAGGGAAGACAGUGAAGAGUAGAUGCAGGGAUUGAACCCUGGACUCCAGUGGGGAGGCCUGAGGCAUGCAUAGAGGAUCCAGCUGUGCUACCACAAGACUACAGGCUAUGUGUACUAGAGCUGGGACAUUAAACCCAGAAUGAUCUACAGCGAACAUACCAAUCACUUUAUUGCAGGGCGUUUAGCUCUGUCAUUCAUUAGGAUAAAUACACUAGAACGUUUCAACUGAAACAGGUUUGUUAAAAUGGCUGAUUGUUCAUGGGACAAUUCAUGGCUAGAACCAUCCAACUAGUAGUAGUAUUUUUAAAAGGAUAAUUGAUUAAAACCGCGGAGCUCGUUGAUGAUAUAAACGCAUUGUUCCGUAUGUCGUUAUCCACAUCAGUUCAGGCAAUUUAUGACGAUAUGGAGAUUAGUGACCAUAUCGCCCGCAGCUCUACUGUGCAUCUCUGUAAAGUAUUGGAACAGAACCCUAGACUUAGAACCCCCGUCCAACCCCCCCCCCCUACCUACCUACCUACCUAUCACAUCCCGUUUGGCUCUCACCGUUCCACGUUGACAGAUCUCAACACCCCCACCCACCUAUCACAUCCCCUUGGCCCUCACCGUUCCGACAUGGAUCUAAACGCAGGGGAUUGUUACAAGCAUCGGGCUGAAGAGAGCUUCCACCAUUGGUCAAAUCCAUUCCAGAAUAGGAGAAUCUCAAUUUCCUCGCGUCGGCUUCUCAAAAACCCAUUGGAUGAGAAGGUCAGAGGUUCCCCAUCCGCUCUGACUUUCUUAUCCAAUGGGUUUUGAGAAGGAGGCGAGGAGAGAGGACGCGAGGAAUCAAAGGCAAUUGAAGAUUCUUCCAAAGUGUUCAAAUUUGUCACACUUGUGGAGAAUCGGGACACCCGCCCAUGAAGUAGAACUCGAUACAACUGACCUCCUGUCACUGGACCACUGGACAAAGUAUUGGAUCAGUUCCAGGUUCUGAUUCCAGGUUCUGAUUCCAGGUUCUGAAAGGCUCGUCUUCAAACAUUCUAAAUGACUCCAUAGAAUUCCAUAGCAGUGUUUCCUGUAUAUAUAUUACUGGGAAAGGUAUUGCACUUUGUCUGUUUCACACAUAAAUUAUUAUACUCUGA